AUGAUGUUCAAGUCUUUUGCCGCCGUAUCGGCCCUGUCACUCUUUGCAUCGUCUGCUGUGGCUCUUGAUCCCAGUCUGAAGAAUAAUGUUGCUGUCUACUAUGGACAAGGUUACAACCAACCCCGGCUCAAGCAUUUCUGUGAACAGACCACGUCGGACAUCAUCAACAUCGGAUUUAUCAACGAGUUCCCCAAACAUGUGGGCGACUUCCCUGGUUCCAACUUUGCCAAUCAGUGUGACGGAGCCUUUUUCCCCGGUACGGAGCUGCUGAGUGGCUGCCACCAGAUCUGGCAAGAUAUCCCUAGUUGCAAGGCUGCUGGCAAGACAAUCCUGCUGUCCAUCGGUGGUGGUAGUGCCACAGCCCAGUCUAUCCCGGAUGAGGCCACCGCAGUCUGGUUUGCGGAUUUCCUGUGGUACUCGUUCGGUCCUUACAAUCCAGCGAUCUCUUCGCUGGGUUGGACCGAGGAGCUCGCUGGCCUGGCCUUCCCUCGCCCAUUCCUCACUUCCUCGGUCGAUGGAUUUGACUUUGAUAUUGAGUACAACGGCGGAGUUGGAUACGCCGCCAUGAUCAAUCGUCUGCGCUGGCAUUUCACCAAGAGCCCCGAACAAUCCUACUACAUCUCCGGUGCUCCCCAGUGCCCUAUUCCCGAUGCCCAGCUCGGUGAUGCUAUUGCCAACUCGUACUUUGAUUUCAUCUGGGUUCAGUGGUACAACACCGGGGGUUGCUCUGCUGCGGACUGGGUUCACGGCACUGGCAAGUUCAACUUCGAUGACUGGGUCGGUGUCAUUGAGAAGAGCGCCAAUCCCAAUGCUAAGCUCUUCAUCGGUCUUCCCGCAUCCAAGGAUGCCGCUAAUGCUGGAUUCUACUUGACCCCUAAGGAGGUGAAGCCCCUUGUCAAAACUUAUAUGGAGAAGCACCCCAAGCACUUUGGUGGUGUGAUGCUCUGGGAGGCCACCGCCGGUGACAACAAUCUCAUUGACGGAUCAACAUACACUGAGCACAUUAAGGACAUCCUGUACGAUUGCGCUCCUCCUCCCCCUCCCCCGUCUUCGAGUGCCACCCCGACCCCUUCUUCGACUGUGACUCCUGUUACCUCUUCCACUGUCCCCCCGUCUAGCUCGGCUACACCUUCGGUCACCUCGGUUUCUUCUAGCUCCGUGGCCUCUUCCAGUUCCGUGGCCUCCUCCAGCUCCGUGGCCUCCUCCAGUUCCGUGGCCUCCUCCAGCUCCGUGGCCUCCUCCAGCUCCGUGGCCUCCUCCAGCUCCGUGGCCUCUUCCAGUUCCGUGGCCUCCUCCAGCUCCGUGGCCUCCUCCAGCUCCGUGGCCUCCUCCAGCUCCGUGGCCUCUUCCAGUUCCGUGGCCUCUUCCAGCUCCGUGGCCUCUCCCAGUUCCGUGGCCUCUUCCAGUUCCGUGGCCUCCUCCAGCUCCGUGGCCUCUCCCAGUUCCGUGGCCUCUUCCAGCUCCGUGGCCUCUUCCAGUCCCCCUGCCACCUCUAAUCAGUCUUCCACUUCGAGCGUCCCUAACAGCUCUGUGACCCCUGGCGCUUCAUCUUCUGGAAAUCCCGCCCCCCACACCUCCGCCACUGGAAAGCACACCCACAGCUCGCAUCCUGGGCAUGGCCAUGGACAUGGCUCCCACACACACACCCAUACCCAUACCCACACUGUUCCAAGCUCUACUCCCCUGAUCUCCGACCACCCUUCCAGCACCGCUCCCGUCUCUUCCGCGACCGAGUCUGGCGCCUCCUCCACUAGCGAAGGUGUCAUCCCGACCGGUGUCCCGUCUACUAGCGACGAGAGUACUGGGGUUUCCAAGCCAACCGGCGACAAGACUACUGGGGUUUCCAAGCCCACCGGCGACCAGACUACUGAGGACUCCAAGCCCACCGGCGACCAGACUACUGGGGGCUCCAAGCCUACCGGCGGCAAGACUACUGAGGACUCCAAGCCUACUGGUGACAAGACUACCGGAGGCUCUAAGCCUACUGGCGACGAGACGACUGGAGGCCCCACGCCCACUGUCAGUGAUUCCACCACAGCUCCGGCUGGUAUCACCGCCACUCCCUCCGUCACUGCCUCGCCUUCCUCUUUGGCUCCUGGUACUACCACAACGAUCAUUGUGACCUCCUACAUUGAUAUCUGCCCAACUGGCUUCACCACCAUCACCACCACUAUUACCAAGACCUACUGCCCUGGUGACUCCUCUGCUACUGCCACCCCAACUGGCACCGCCGAGAUCACUGCUCCUACUUCUGGCCCUGCCACUUCCACAGCCUCCAUUCCUGAGGGCUGGACUACUACUGUGACUGUCUGCACUCAGUGCGCCGCUACGCCGACUACCGUGACCCUAACAAAGCCCGCUGCCACUACUACCACUGAGGUUGUGUCGCAGCCCACCGCCCCUUCGGUGCCCGAGGGAUUCACCACCACCGUUACUUUCUGCAACCACUGCGGUCCUACCGGUAGUAGCAUCACCCUGACCAUCCCGGUUCCCAGUGCUACUGCCGUUAUCCCCGGUGCUGGCUCUGGCUCUGGCGCUUCUGGAAAUGAUGAGGGCUCCGGAUCCAACCCUGGCUCUGGGUCUGGCUCUACUGGUGAAAUCCCAGUGCCCGGCCUCGGCCCCCUGGUGCCAUCUCCUUCCUCCAAGCCCGUUCCUAGCAAUGGAGCCGGAGAAUUCCACGCCGGCAGACCGUCGUCGAGCAUAGUCUUCCACCCCUCGCCCUCGCGCACUGCUGUACCCACCGUCGCGACCACCGCGACGGUCACAUCUGCAGCGCCCAGCAGCAACCCAGAGGGCGUCUCCCCGGUCUACACCGGUGCGGCCUCGCGUUCCAACGUGACCAGCUUCCUCGGUGGCGUCCUCGCCGUCGCUCUUUCCAUGUUCAUGAUGCUGUGA